AUGUGCCAAAACUGCGCUGUCUUAUCUCAAGUCAACUACAGCUGUGGUCAUCAGUUGCUGCUUGUCAAGAACUUUGCAAAGUUCUGCCUCUUCUACCCUCAUAAGGAUACCGAGUUCCAUAUGGCCGCCAUCGCAUACUCGAAUUAUCCUACCGACUACCCUUGCAAGAGCUGCGCUUUAAGUCAGGAAGCCGCCGAAAAGGGCAUUCACAAAGGGCAGAGGAAAGUCUUCAUCGCCGAAAGAUAUCCCAAAAGCAAGGAGGCGUCUUCAAUAGAGGAUGCGAAGUGGUACCUUGCUACAGCCAAGAAAAGCCAGGAGGGCGUUGAUGCCAGUAAGAUUGAGGAGCUUAACAAGCGUGCGAAGGAGCAAAUCAAGUAUUACCUCGGACGGGAGGGGAAGAAGGCACUAACAAGGAACGACAAGGCCAUUCUUCUAAAGACCAUCUUGCAAGUCCCUGCGGUUAUCGACCGUCAUGCUCUUGUUGUAACCUUUGGAUCCUUUGUAGGUUGGAACCAGAAGCAAAACCAUAUGAAGUUCAUCCAUUAUUCAGAGAUGUCAGUGCUUAGGGAUAUUGCUCGUAAAGGAGGUAUGCUCAAGGCUUUGGAAACAGGGUUGGCGCAAAGAGGUUGUGACGCGUAA